AUGCCUCCGAAGAAAUCGAGUGCGAAGAUGAAAGAGGACGAAGACCCAAAGGAACCGCACUUGACCAAGGAAACCGUUCUGACACCACCAACUAAUUCCGGAACCCCUACGACAUCUCCCACUUUUCAAGCUCCAUCGAAAACACCGCCGAGGAGAGUCGUUCGACUAAAGUGUCCAACCUGCAAUGAUUACCCGGAUGGCUUCCGUAGCGAGCAUGAACUACGUCGCCAUACGAAUCGCGUUCACAGAAAGACGCGCAAGGUCUGGGUGACCAUCGACACUUCGCCCGACAAGUCUUUCCUGUCCAAUUGCAAGGCCUGCCAAACUGGAAAAAGGUAUAAUGAAUGUUAUAAUGCUGCGAGCCACUUACGCCGAAUGCACUUCCACCCGCACAAGCGUGGGGAGCGAAAGAUGACGGCAGCAGAAGCUCGUCGAGGAGGGAAGCCCGGCGAUCUAGAUCCGCCCAUGGAGUUACUGAAAGCAAAUUGGUUGCGGGAAGUAGAAGAGUUCGUUGGCGAAGCUGGUGACGAACCGCCCGGUAGUGAAAGCGAAACCGCACCGCCGACACCAUUUCCUCAACCGCCCCAGGCGCAGACACAACCUACUGUGAAGCAGGUCGACGGGAAGGCACCGCUCACCCCAACGACUCCGUCAACCCGAUCCAUGGCAAUCGAGAGUAUAGUCGACAAGGUCGAUGCCACAUAG